AUAGCAAACGCCUAGAAUCAUCCAGGAAUUGCACACCAACAUAUUCAUCAGGUGCAGCUACAGAGACUUACAAGAAUGUCUGCUUGUAUCGCAGGUUAGGUCUGAAGGCUCUAGAGCUGUCUGGUGGAUUUUACAAAUGUGGAAUUACUGAUUUACCUUUUUUUACUCUUUGAAAAGAUUGUUUCUAUUUCUUUUCACCAUGAUGGAAAAUCUGACGGCCGAUCAAUGGAGGGAGAUCGUGAACAAGAAGAUGCGUUUCCCUCCAGAGCUCAUCAGCGCCAUCCAGGAGGGGAACAUGGCCAUGAUCGGCGGGCUGCUAAAGACAGGCGAUGGCAUCAUCCGUCAGCUGGACGAUUCUGAGGACAGACAAUGGAGAGAGGCGCUAAACUUGUCCAUCAGACUGGGCAAUGAGGACACCAUGGUCACUCUGCUUCAGGGGGUGAAGUUUGAUUUUCGGCAGAUCCACGAGGCUCUCCUGGUGGCCGUAGAUACAAACCAGCCUCGCAUCGUGAAGCGCCUCCUCGACAGACUGGAUCAAGAAAAAGGGAACAAGAUGGAUGUGCGCUCGUUCUCCCAGGCCAUUUUUGACCACUCUAUUGAUGACUCUCAGUUUGCCCCUGGUGUGACCCCACUAACACUGGCCUGCCAGAAGGAUCUGUACGAUAUCGUAACCAUGCUGACGCAGAAAGGUCACGUCAUUCCGUGGCCACACAAAGUGUCCUGCGCUUGUCUUGAAUGCCGCAAUGGGCGCCAGUAUGACUUGCUCAAGUUCUCACUGUCACGCAUCAACACCUACCGUGGCCUUGCCUCUCGGGCCUACCUUUCCAUCACUACUGAGGACGCCAUGCUCAGCGCCUUCCAUCUCAGCCGUGACCUUCGCAAACUCUCCAAGAAGGAGCCUGAGUUCAAGCCUCAAUACCUUGCCCUCGAGGAGCUGUGUCAGGAGUUCGCUGUGGAGUUGCUGGGAAUGUGCCGGAAUCAGAGUGAGGUCUCCACCAUUCUGAACAACUGUGGGCUUGACGAUGAUGAUCACGAAGAGGAGCUGGCGUUCGAGGAAGGCAUACCGAACCUGGCCCGUUUGCGACUUGCUGUGAACUUCAAUCAGAAACAGUUUGUAGCCCACCCAAUCUGCCAGCAGGUGCUUUCCUCUAUUUGGUGUGGGAACUUGCCUGGUUGGAGGGGCAGCAGAACAGCUUGGAAACUCCUGGUGUCUGUGGGGAUCUUUGUCGCUAUGCCCUUCCUCUGCCUCACCUAUUGGAUUGCACCAAAGUCAAAGGCGGGGAAGAUUUUGAAGAUUCCAGUGAUCAAAUUCCUUGUACAUUCUGCCUCCUACUUGUGGUUUCUGAUCACUUUGCUGGGGGAGUCUAUCACAAUGGAAAUGUAUCGGGAAUCGUUUGCAUCCAGGGAGCAGAACAUGUUGCACAACUCUUUCCACAUGGUGUGGGUGGCUGGGUUCUUCUGGUUUGAGUGUAAGGAAGUGUGGAUCGAGGGGGUCCGGAACUACUUUCGGGAUUUGUGGAACUGUCUGGAUAUGAUGGUGCUUAGCAUGUAUCUGGCCUCCUUCUCCCUUCGAGUUGUCAUCAUGUUGAAAGGCCAUUUACUGUGUAACUCACCCGGAUAUGAAGAAGAGUGUGUCUACUUCACACAGACCUUGCGGCAGGACUGGCGUCAGGAGGACCCUCAGCUGAUAUCUGAAGUGCUUUUUGCUGUGACCAGCAUGCUGAGUUUUGCACGUCUGGCUUACAUCCUGCCUGCUCAAGAGUCUCUGGGAACCCUGCAGAUCUCUAUGGGAAAGAUGAUUGAUGACAUGAUAAGGUUCUUGUUCAUUCUGAUGAUCAUUGGUACUGCUUUUCUCUGUGGAAUCAACAAUAUCUACGUCCCGUACAUCAUCUCUCCCCAGCUUGGAAGGUUUAACGAGACCAUCUCGUUCCUCUUUUGGACAAUGUUUGGUGUCGUCAGCAAGGAUUACGUGGACAUGCCUGACUUUGUUGUGGCUGAGUUUGUUGGCAGAAUCUUGUAUGGUAUCUUCACACUUCUGAUAGUAAUUGUGCUGCUGAACAUGUUCAUUGCCAUGAUCACAAACUCCUUUCAAAAGAUUGAGGAUGAUGCGGAUGUGGAGUGGAAAUUUGCUCGUUCUAAACUCUAUCUGAGCUACUUCAGAGAGGGCCUCACUAUGCCUGUCCCCUUCAACAUCAUUCCCUCACCAAAGGCUUUGUUCUACCUUUUACGGGGAAUUUUCAGAAAAAUCUGCUGUUGUUGCAAUUUUAAUUCCACCCCAGACUACCCACCCAUCACCUCCAUGCCUCAGAAGGAUGAUGGAGAUCCAACUGAGAAAAUGACCUACAAACAGCAGGUCAUUUAUGCUCUGGUGCAGCGCUAUAUCGAGUCAGCAAGGAGGGAGUUUGAGGAAACUAAACGCAAAGAUAUUGGAAAUCGGGUGACGGAGCUGGGUAAAGUGGUUGGUCGUCUUCACGAUGAGAUGAAGAAAAUUCAUCGCACCCUGUUAGAUGCAGAAGAGGCCAAACUGGAUCCUUCAGAGAGAAGUACCUCCAACGUACUGGGCAUGUACAUCCACGGGGCUAAAAACAACUUCCGGGGCUUUAGCAGCACUGGACCAUCAGAGUCCAGACCAGCUCCUUUACUGGUCAACGUACACCAUCAAAAACCUGAUCUGGAACCGGAGAACGUGGAGCAGAACGACACAGUGGAGGAGGCUGUAGAAGAGGAAGAAGAAAGUAAAGGUGAUGAAGUGGAAGAAAAUAAUGAUGGUGAGGAUGAAGCAGUGACUGAGGAAGGAGGAGAAGCCACUGAGGACGUAGACGAAGAGGAGAAAGCCGACAGUGAAGAAGCUCAGGUCAGUGAAGAGGGGGCUUCCUCUGAAGACCAGGCACCAGACCAGAACCCUGCAGAUGGUGAAGAUGAAAGUGAAGAUCAGACUGUGGUAGAUAUAGAGAACAGUGAGUUGAGUGAGGAAGAGACAGAAAGCAGAGUUGAGGAAGAUGGAGAGGAUGAAGCACAGAUAAUGGAGGAAGGGAGAGCUAAUGAAGGGACAACUGAGGAGUUUAACACGACUGAAGUAAACAUGGUGGUGGAGAGAAGAACUGGGAUAGUAAGUUUUUUGGCAAGGCAAAUAGAGGAGAGAAGCAGUGGAGAAGAGGGUUCAGGUUUUCAGGGUAAGCAUGCCUCUUCUCCCACUGACAGCAGUGGAUCACAAGACACUGGCUUUGGCUCUCAAGAACUAGAUAUUUAGUUCUUAAUACUCAACAGUUCAUCUAGCUUAAUGUGAAAAUAUCUAUUCUGAAUGAGAAUAUUAAAAAUAUUAGAGUAUUUCCAUGUAUAGAGUGAAAAUAUCACUGCAAAAUAUGAUUUCAUUUGGGAUUAUUUUUGAGCAGUUGUACUAUUUUCCUGUAAAUUAACCUCAUAUUAAAUAGGCUGACAAAAAGAAAGCAAUUUUGGAAAGAUUUCUGAUAGUUAUAUCCAUACUUUUGACAGGGAGCUUAAACACACAUAAUAAAAAAAAUCACUAAUCACAAUUAAUUAAAGUUCAACUAAAUUUUAAUAUCAUGAGAGAUGUAUAUUAUUUAUGCAUUUGCAAUACCAGUCAAAAGUUUGAACGCAUCUUAAAUUCAGUGUUUUUAUAUUAUUUUAAAAGUUUCUGCAUUGUAAAUUAUUGCUGAAGUCAUUCAAACUAUGAAGAAAAACAUGGAAUUAAAAGUAGGCACCUCUUGCUGGGAUGGCAGCUGUCUAUAUCUAAUCCAUAUAAUGACAACUAAGUAAAGAAAUACCUUAAGAACCCUUAAAUGCAGUUGUGAAGAACAUCAAAAAUGUUAUGAUGAAACUAGCUCUCAUCAGGACCGCCCCAGGAAAGGAAGACCAAGAGUUACCUCUGUUGCACUGGAUAAGUUAAUCAGUUACCACAAACCGCAAGUUAACAGCACCCCUGAUAAGAGCCACUUAAAUGCUUGACAGAAUUUUUUGGUUUGUUUAACACCUUUAAUUUUACUACAUGAUUCCUUAUGUGAUCCUUCAUAGUUUGGAUGACUUUAGUAUUAAUUUACAAUGUAGAAAAAAAAAAUACAUUAAAUGAGAAGGUGUGUCCAAACCUUUGACUGGUACUGCAUGUUUUUCUGUUUUUCCCAGUCUUUUGUUGUCAUUUUCUGUUCCAUUUAUGUUAGUGUCUUAGUUUCUGUCUGUCCUUCUCACCGUUUUAUUCUGGUGUAUGAACGUUUCUCUAUAUUGGUUCAUUCACGCUAUAUUAAACAUACUGUCUCAUCAUUGCUUUUUAUGGUAAAACAUGUAUUUCCAUUUUCAUCUAUUUUCAGUUUUUAACAUGGUUUGAACCCUGUAGCUUAUUUGUACACUGUGUAAAUAAAUCUGGAUAAAUAGACUUAAUAGAAAUGCCAUAAAAUAAAUAACAGUAAACUUUUAGUUUAGAUCAACUUGAAUUUUCUUCUCUUGUAAAAUCAGUUUUUGAAAUAAUUUUUUUUUAUUGGACAAGUGUAGCAAAAUAAACAAUGUACUGUAACAGUAAUACUCAAUACACAUUUCCUGUUAACUAUAACCUAAUGAACAUCUAAUAUUAUAUUACCUGCUAUAUUACAUGCAUGUAGUAGAAAUGGGGUCAGUUGUGCAGUAUUUAUAUCAAUAAACAUCUAAAUGCUU